CUAAUAAUCAUUUUGGAUGGAUUAAAAUAAUGGAAAUUUGGGUUUAUUAUCGAAUAAAUCUAAUAGUAAAUACAAGGAAUCAAAAAAAAUCAACAAUGAUUUUCUGUUUUAAGAUAAUGGAGAUGAUUAGGAAUAUGUUUCAUUAGAUGAUGCCAGUAUAUCUUUUUAAUUAGCUUUCAGAAGUAUAACAUGCAGAAGUUGUUAAACCUAAGUAACUUGAAGAACCGAUUGCUCAUGCUCAAUAUAAUGUUUAUGUGAACCAAAUAAUUUAAAAUAAUUAAUAAAAAUAACAGAUUUAAUAGUAGAACUAAUAAGCUGCAUAAUAAUAAGUUAUGUAACCCCAAAUUUAAGAAUAAUAGAAAAAACCAAUUCAGCAAUAAGUAGUAAAAUUUACAUAAUCUAAAUAGAAUAAUUAAUAUAUAAAUAAUCCAUACAUAAAUUAAUAUUCUAAUCUUAGUAUGGAUUAAAUAUUAAAUUCUUUUUCUAGUACAAGUAUUAAUUACAAUAAUAAUAAUGAAAUAACCUAAUCAAAUAGAUAAACUUAUUAGAUUUGCAUUCAUUGUAAAACUCCUUAGACAAUAUUGAAUGAAAAAUAACCUUUUAGAUGUUGUUAAUGUAAGUAAGUAAACCAACCUAACUAUGGUUACUUUUAAUGUGGUACUUGUAAAAUGGUUGUCAUGUAUUAAUGCGAAUGUAUUCAUUUACAAUUUAAAUAGUAUCUAAUAUAAUAAAAUGCACUAAAUGUAAUACAAUGAAUUAUGUCUAACAGCCAAAUCUUCCAAAUACGCUAUAAUAAUAUCAAUUAUAAUAACAAUAAUAAUAAUAGUAGUAGAAUAUACCAUAAUAAUAAUCAUAAGUGUAUAAUUAAAAUCUAUAGCAAUCAAAUGGGUUAUAAUAGAAGAAUUAUUCACUUAAUCCAUAUGUCAGAAAUAAGAUUGAUCCUAUGUAUCAGAAAAACUGA